AUGGCCAAUUUCAUAGUUCGAAUUAAUAGUGGACUUUUCAAGUCCUCCCUGCAACGUUCGGCACCAACUCUAUAUUCAAAGCCCAUAAAGCACUUCGAGAUAAAGCCUCGAGAAAAAUGGGUGAUUUGGGGGGCUGAGAAGGCAAAGUUUCUGGACGUCAUUGGCAACAAAUUUUUGCCAGACCCGCCCUUGUCGCUUGAGUAUGGGCUAAAGAAAGGAUCUUUUCCCCGCGUUGAAUUUGUGAAGUUCAGUGGCGUAAUACCAACAGCCCAUCUGAGUGCUAGAUAUGAGUACUUUAAAGACGAUUUCGAUCAAACCUGCGAAAAGUUUAUAAAGGACAAUACGGCGGGGUCAUUAGCAGUUGAUUACGAAGUGAGCAAAACGAAUAGAAAUAUUGAUUUGAGUCUUUACUCCGAGUUGUUAAAGGACUUAAAGCUCAAAGCACUGGAGCACCGCUGGACCAUGGGUUUAAGUAAUGGCCAAAUGCGCAGAGCACGCCUAGCUCGUAGCCUUUUGAAGGAACCGGACUUAACACUCAUCGAAGAUCCUUUUCUGGGAUUAGACCCUAGCGCAACUGACACAAUUUCAAAUUUCAUCGGGAACUAUUCGCGAAGUUGCAUAGUGAUAGGAUUGCGCUACCAAGAUACUAUUCCAAAGUGGUGCACUCAUGUUUGCUGUGUGGACGAGAAUGGCAUUGCAUUUCAAGGUCAAAAAAGCGAGGUUAAAGAUCUGAUGGCCGAAACAAGAAAGCAGUACACAAGCAAUGUCCCGGGUGCAAGGCAACCCAAGUACCAAAUAAAGGACCUUGUUUCCCGCCACCCUCUCGCUCAAGUUCCAAAGCACGAAAUUAUCAAUAUGCCAAGUGCUCUCGAAUUGAAAGGCCUUGACGUGUCUUACAAAGGCGAGCCUGUUCUCAAAGACCUGCACUGGAAAGUUGCGCCGCAGUCGAAGUGGCAUGUCAAAGGUGACAACGGAACCGGUAAAUCCACUCUUUUAUCGCUUUUGACUGCAGACCACCCCCAGUCUUGGAACUCCAAAGUUGUCGAGAACGGCAGGCCACGGAAAACGGGAAGUACAGACUAUUUCACAAUAAACAGAAAUAUUGCAAUGUCGUCCCCUGAACUUCAUGCUAUCUUUGUGAAAAAUAGUCGCAAUGGACUAAUAACACGGGAAGCAUUGGCGUCAGGCUUUCAGGAAAACUCCUCAAAUAACUUUCUACCCUACUAUAACGUUCUGAGCAAGGAGCAGAAAGAAACUCUAGCGAUUUUCGCGGAUUACUUUGGAAUUAACGAUUUGUUAUCCCGUAGAUUUGAGGAACUCUCUGUGAGUGAUCAAAAGCUAGUACUCUUUGUGAGAUGUCUUCUCAAGAUGCCCAAAAUACUUAUCUUAGAUGAGGCGUUCUCAGCAAUGGAGACUGAACCGAUGCAAACAUGUCAUGAAUUUCUUGAGUAUUGGCCUGGAACUGUUUUUGUGGUAUCUCAUGUCCCCGAGGAAACGCCUCGAUGCGACCAUUAUUUACGCCUGAUCUCUCCCGGGCAUUAUGAGAUUGGUGAUAGCACUCCUUUUUCUCGCCAAGCCCCGAGGUAA